CUUACAGCGGACACGAAAACGAAAAGGCACAGCUUGUACACUGACGCGAGGCCCUUGUGAUUGUUCUAAAGCAGUUUGAACAAUACAGACAUAGUCUUAGACUCGCAUAACCAGUCGUAGUGACUUUAUAAAAAUAGCUGAUAGUGAAGAAAUUCUAAUUUUUAGACCUCCGAACUAAUUCUAACUUAGUGUCGAGGAAUCAGUGAAAUGUCCGUGCUGAUGCUCCGCGCUUAUGUCUACAUCGUGGUAAUUGGUAUUCAAAGAAUGUCCUUCUUCGUGAACCUGUCCGGCGCAUACCAACUCACAAGCAAGCAAGCCGAUUCUAGCACAGAGGGUGUUACGGUUUACCCUCAAGUGUACGAAAGCAGACAGGAAAACUUGGAAAAAAUGCUGGUUAUUGACGGGUACUCUCUUAAUCUAAAGAAAGCUUCCGUUCUUGCCGACACAGUCCUUCUGCUAGAAGUAACAGAAAAUGGUACUGCCGAACAAUACGUUCAAGGCUCCCACUAUGAGAGACACUUGUUCGAAGAUCCGGACAAGCUGGCAUCACUGAUUCUCAAGCCGGUAGUUCCAGGAAAUUAUCACGUCACAGGCAUGGUGAAUCACACUCACAGAAUUGAACCUUGUGAGAAUUGGGAACGUACAUCACAGAAAAGACUGGCGCACCGAAUAUCACGAAUCCACGUCGAAACGGGGAUUUAUGAUGUCGUGAAUGAUGUCGAAAACCAGUUGGAAAAUAAAUCACGUAAUCCAGUAAUUGAAAGUCGUGACCUCCCAGAAUCCUAUACCGUGGAGACACACUUCAUCACCGCUCUAAAUCACACCGCAUACUUCGGCAAUGAAACGAAAGAGCGCAUAGCCUAUGCUAUGCUUUUUAUGCAUUCGGUGAGCCUUCGCUUGCAGCAACUCGUGCCACCCGCCAGGAUAGCGUUAACAGCAAUAGAAGGGCUGCAGGCCAAAACAGACUAUCUACAUAUACACGACGACGGACGGAUCAUGGUAGAUCAAACAUUGUCUGCAUUGGGGAGUCUGGCGCGUACUAGCGAAGUACACAAGAAGUCCGACAUCCUCUAUAUGGCAGUCAGGUCUGGUUAAAAUUAGACGUGGGAAAAACCUUGGCAGGUACUUUAGG